GCGGGGCUGCGGAACCGGCCGCACGCCCGCUCCCGAGCUGGUCGCGCCGCCGGGGCCGCUGCGGGCCGCGGUGCCCGCCUCCCGCGCGCGGAACCGCGGCCCCAGGCCUGCGCCCGCCCGGAGAGGAUGAAAGGGAAGGUGGCCCCGGCGCGACCCGGCUCCCCGGUGCCGGCUUUUGUGGGGGAAGGAAUACAAAAGGCCUUAUCCACCCCCCACCGCCCGGGCCCGCGGGGAGCCGGGGGCGAGGCCCGGGCUGCGGGCCUUGCUUCCUCCCCGUCCCCGAGCUGCGGGCUGGCAGCCGGGACACCGGGCGGCCGCCAUUGUCGCGGCUGCUCGGGGCCGGGAAGGCGGCGGCGGCGGCGGCUUAUGUCUGGCGUGCCCCAGAUCAGAGUUAUUCUGAUCUGAAGAUUUUGGUGUUCAGGGCAUUAAGACAAUAGCCUCAGUUGUUCAUGGAGUUUUUCAUCAGUAUGUCUGAAACCAUUAAAUAUAAUGACGAUGAUCAUAAAACUCUGUUUCUGAAAACACUAAACGAACAACGCCUGGAAGGAGAAUUCUGUGACAUUGCCAUCGUGGUUGAAGAUGUAAAAUUCCGAGCACACAGAUGUGUUCUGGCUGCCUGUAGCACCUACUUCAAAAAGCUGUUCAAGAAGCUUGAGGUAGAUAGUUCUUCAGUAAUAGAGAUAGAUUUUCUACGUUCUGAUAUAUUUGAAGAGGUUCUGAACUACAUGUACACGGCUAAGAUUUCCGUGAAGAAGGAAGAUGUUAACUUAAUGAUGUCAUCAGGCCAGAUUCUUGGUAUCCGGUUUUUAGAUAAACUCUGUUCUCAGAAGCGUGAUGUAUCUAGCCCUGAUGAAAAUAACGGCCAGUCAAAAAGUAAGUAUUGCCUCAAAAUAAACCGCCCCAUUGGAGAUGCUGCUGACACUCAGGAUGAUGAUGUGGAAGAAAUUGGGGAUCAGGAUGACAGUCCUUCUGAUGACACUGUAGAAGGCACUCCCCCAAGUCAGGAGGACGGCAAGUCACCCACAACCACACUCAGGGUUCAGGAGGCAAUCUUGAAAGAGCUAGGCAGCGAGGAGGUCCGAAAAGUAAACUGUUACGGCCAGGAAGUAGAAUCCAUGGAGACCCCAGAGUCCAAAGACUUGGGGUCACAGACCCCUCAAGCCUUAACAUUCAAUGAUGGAAUGAGUGAGGUAAAAGAUGAACAGACACCAGGCUGGACGACAGCUGCCAGUGACAUGAAGUUUGAGUAUUUGCUUUAUGGUCACCACCGGGAGCAGAUCGCCUGCCAAGCCUGUGGAAAGACAUUUUCUGAUGAAGGCAGAUUGAGAAAGCAUGAAAAACUCCACACUGCCGACCGGCCAUUUGUGUGUGAAAUGUGUACCAAAGGCUUCACCACACAGGCCCACCUGAAAGAACACCUGAAAAUCCACACGGGGUAUAAACCCUACAGUUGUGAGGUGUGUGGGAAAUCGUUUAUCCGUGCCCCGGACUUAAAGAAGCAUGAGAGAGUUCACAGUAACGAGAGGCCGUUCGCAUGCCAUAUGUGUGACAAAGCCUUCAAACACAAGUCCCACCUCAAGGACCAUGAGCGGAGGCACAGAGGGGAAAAGCCUUUUGUGUGUGGCUCCUGCACCAAGGCCUUUGCCAAGGCUUCGGAUCUGAAGAGGCAUGAGAACAAUAUGCACAGUGAAAGGAAGCAAGUCACCCCCAGUGCCCUCCAGAGUGAGACAGAACAGUUGCAGGCCGCAGCUAUGGCUGCGGAGGCCGAGCAGCAGUUGGAAACAAUAGCCUGCAGCUAGAGGUGAAGGGAUGGACCAAGCCCCUGGCCUGAGAGGCAACACAGAUUGCAUCGUGGGGCCAGAAUCCCUGUGAACACUGGUGACCAUUGUGGAAGCACACCUAGUGUCGUACUCACUGGACUUUGGCAGUGGUUAGCUGUUUUUAAACUUCUUAAGGAAAUGGAGUUCCUAAGUUCUGACCAAACAGUGUGACUGUCUCAUGUGGUGUCUGGUCUGGUCCCCUCCCCUUCUUUUCUGUGGUUCGGAGAACUCCGGUGACCAGUUCAGAAAGACUUCUAUGCCACUUUUAAUUUCUCUCCACUUGGAGGGCUGGAGAGUAUGCUGCAUAGCGUAAAUAAUUGAGUAAAUCUAUUUCGUGAUCAUCAAAGAGUACAUGACUUCUGGUCAAAAGAGCAUUUUUUAAAUAACUUAAGUAUUUCAUAUAGGCGCAGAAAAUGUCAGCAGGUGGUUGACCCAGGAACACUGCGCAGGUCUGAAACCAAGUUCUGGAAAUGCAGAGUGGUAUUAUUAGAUUAUUUGUUUUGUUAAUUUUUUUAUAUCACUGUUUUUUACUCUUACUGUGAACAAAAAAUAAUUGCUUGGCUGAACUGUUUUCUCCAUCCAUUUUGAUUGCCCUCGUACUUACAUCAAAAGCUGUAUUCACACAUAUCGAACCCAUCCCAGUGCUGGUGGUCUUGGGACUAAGUUCCCAGAUGUCUCCUUGUUGGGGGCAUUGGCACUCUGCAGCAAUGGGGAAUUGUAGAGUAAACUCAUGAUGAGAGGAGUAGGAAAAGCUCUCAGAUAGGGUUUUCCAAGAUGUCCUAGAUACAAAUAAUUCUAAAUUGAUUUUGAAAUUGGACUUAUACUUAAAACCAAAAUUAAGACAAGAAGCAGACAUGCUUCUUCAGAUAACAUGUAUUAGUUUAACAAUCUCAUCAGGCUUCUCAGCUCCCUAUAACAUGGCUUAUUCAUUAAGGACAUGCACUAUACUUAAAUAAAUUUAAAUUUUAAGUGUGUAAAUAGUAGUGUUGGUUUUAUAUAUUUCAAGUACAAGGAGACAGCUGCACUUUUUUUUUUUUUUUGCACAUUGGAUUUUUUAAAAACCUUCCUAUCUGCAACAGAUGCCAUCAGAUCAUUUUAAUUGAUACAUCAGACCAAAUGCUUAUGUUUUUGAAAUAUAUUUCAUCCCUGGUUACAGUCCUAAAUAGAAGUUGAUACCUUUUUGUAUUUGCAAAUCUGAAUUAUAAACUCUUUCUGAUUUGGUAUACUAAAUGUUCUUUUAACCAUUUCCUUAAGAAUAUAUUGAAAUGCAGACAAUUGUUUGAAUUAUGUUCUAUAAGAAAAUAUUCGUUAUUUAGAAUGAGUAAACCUGUAGAGAUGCCAACAUUUUAAAAUUCAUGUUUGGUUGCUAGGAUUUUUCUUUCAAAAGAAAUACAUUGAAGUAAUUUCAUUUCAUAGCUUGCUGCAUUAACACCUGUAAUUACUAUAUUGUGGGGAAAUUUUUAUUUUUUGAAUUGAUAUGCCAGGAUUGUAGAAUUGAAGAUGCUACCUUUAAUUUUUUUAUUUAUUGGUAAAAUGUUUAGUUAAUUGAUUUUUCUUGAAAGUUGUUUAUUCUGUACUAAAAAUAGUCCUGUCACUGUUUGUAUGUCGUUGGUAGAAGAGGAGCUUGACUGGUUCCUAGGCUGUUUUAACCAAAGCAAAGGUAAAAGAAUUUAACAUCUUGUCUGUAACUACUUCAGCAAACCAUAUUUUGGGCCUUCAUUUUGUAUAUAAAAGAAAAUACACCUCUA